UAUGUCACUAUUCGCACGAGAUCAUAGGUAAAUUGGCGACCGAGGCCAGUGGAAAGAAGGGGUUUUUUCUUUCGUCUUUUAAAUAUCUGAGUGUUUCGGUAUUCUUUGAUGAUUAAUUCGAAAACCAAGUUCGUCACACCGACAACUUGUUAUUUUUCAACCGUUCAUAAUAAUAUUAUCGUAGUGUUGUUUUAUAACGUAUACAGUUCAUAAUAUACAUAUUCAUAAAUUAGUUUUUAAUCGUCGGUUUUUUUGUUCCGAAUUAAAAAUGUCGUUUAACGUAAGAAAAUCCAAAGUAUCCCGUGGUCUUAAUAGAAACGUACGUAUUACUUAAUAGUGGUAUUGCAUUUUGAAUAAUAAAUCACCUAAUAUCAACAUGUAGUUUGUUUUUAUUGUGUAAUCGAUUCCUACUUAAUUUGAUCAGAAUUAUUAUAUUGAUGUUAGUAUUUAUACCUAUUUUCAAUAUAGUUACUUAAACCUACAUUAAAAAAAAAAAAUAAAUUAUAGUUUUUUUUAACUACAGAUCUUCAGAAUACUUAUAAAUUACUUAUAUAAGUACUCGUUUCUUUGAAAUGUAUUUUUCUAAGAAAUUAGAAACAAAAUAUUAUUGUAGUUCUCUUUAGUGUACAACUACAAAUAUACUACAAUAUUGCUAAACUUUUUUGAUUUUCUUUAUACAUUUAAUAUAUUCGUUAAUAUAAAAUAUUGUUAAUACGAUUAAAAAUUAAUAUUUCUGAAUCAUCUAUAUUAAUUAAAGGAAGUCUUUAUUUGUCUCAUGCAUAUUUGUCGAUCCAAAUGCAAAUUUAUCUUACGCAGAAGUCUGAAAAUUUACUCACAGAAGCGGAUGAACGGUUUCAUGUGCAUCUUGAAUACGAAUUUCCGAAAUUAAAGCUCUAAAACCAAUACAAAUAUCAAAUUUAUUUUUUUUGAUUUAUGGGUUAUUUUGGUGACACAGAUGAAAAAAAAACGGUUAUUUGCCCGGUUGCACUAAACUCUCUUGAGUCAAUAAAUAGUUAUUGGUCCAAUAAAUUGGGUUAUUGAAUCAAUACAAAUUAAGAUAUGUUGCAAAAAGCUUCAAUAUUUUAUUGAUUCGAUAAAAUAUCGGUCAUAAAUGACUAUUGGUUCAAUAGUUUAUAGGCUCAAAUUCGGCCCAAUAAGUUAUAUUGAUUCGAUAAUAUGAAGUUUAUUAAAGUAAAAAUUGAAAAAAAAAUAUCAUUUUUUUUUAUUUGACCAAGUACAUAAAUCGUUUUAUUAUAAUUGAAUAAUAUUGGACGUAAUUGAAUUUUCUUCGUCUGAAGAUGAGUUCAUGGUUAGUGUGUUAGAAAUUCUACCAAAACAGCGUAUAUACUGAUUAAGAUAUAUUUAGUAGAUUUGUUAGAUUUGUUAUACAUUUCAUUCAUUGCGCUACAAAUUUAAAACUAAUUAAUAAUAUAUUAAUCAAUUAUCAACUUAGUGAUAAAUUAAUUUCAUUUUAUCAAUUAUCUGUUAUCAACCACGGCUUAAGAUUAUUAAACUAUUAUGGUAUGUGGUUAAAUUUAUAUUUUAUAAUAAUAUUUUGUGCAACGCUUUUUAAUAUUUAUCUAUCAUUAAAAUAAACCGUAAAGUGUCAAUAAAUUAUUGAAACAAUAAAAUAUUUAUAAGAUGUUUAUUGUGUAACCGGGUGAAUUACCUAUUAGUUAAUUGGGUAGGUAGUUACGGGGAGACACGAAUUUAUUAUUUACCGUUUACUAUUGUGAACGGGCAAAGCUGUUCGGUAUUUAAAGUUUAAUUUUUGAUUAUGAUUUUUAAAAAUUUUGAUUGUUUACGCAUGUUGUAAUAAUCGUGGUGCUUUUAUUUGGUAAUAUUUUAAUUGCUUUCAUAAAAAUAUCUGUGUUAAUAAUAUGUAUGUGUAUAAAUAUAUGAAGGUUAAGCAGCUUUCACCAGAGAAAGUAGCUUUAUAUACCUAAGAGCACACGUAUUAGAUUUAUAUCCCGUUUUUUCCCCUUAUGAAUGGGUUUCGUAAUAUACAAUGUACUUUCGUAUCACCCUCAAAAAUGUGUUACCAUAUUAGAGUGGUAACGUUUAAAAAAAAAAAAAAAAACAAAACAAGUUUUAAACUUAAUUGAGUUAGUAACGGCAUCUGGAAUAGGUAAAGGCUGUGCAAGUUCAAAUUUUGAUAGAUAAUCAACAAAAAAAAAAAAAACUGAUUACAGAUUACUGUAAUAGAAUUACAGAAAUUCAGUAUAUUAUUAUAACAUAAUCAUAACAUAAUUUUACUGACAGAAUUAGAUUCAUAUUAUAUUUCUUUUUAAAGUGCAAUGCAUUGUAUUUUAUUUACAGGUUGCAACCAACGUUACUAUACAGAAACAUCACGUUUCUCGUGAUAAACGUGGACAGGUUCUCGGAAACGUGCGAGGUUUUCGAGGAUGUACCGUUUGGUUUACAGGUCAGUACCAAAUAUAUAAUACAUAAAACCACUUUGAAUAAUAUAUUACGAUGUUUUUAUGAAGUUAAUAAAAUUGUAUUUCUUAGGAUUAUCUGGUGCCGGUAAGACUUCGGUGUCUUUUAAACUUGAAGAAUAUUUAGUGGUCAGAGGAAUACCGGCUUAUGGAUUAGAUGGCGAUAAUAUGCGAACAGGUUUGAAUAGAGAUUUGGGAUUUAGUCCCGUUGACCGAGAAGAAAACAUCAAACGUGUGGCUGAGGUGGCAAAAUUGUUUGCCGAUAGCGGCGUAGUUACACUGUGCAGUUUUGUAUCUCCAUUCCAACAAGUGAGCAACCAGAAAAAAAAAUUAAAACAUUUAUAAUAUUACAAUUAAAAUUGUAUAUAUUAUUAAAAAAAAAAUUUUAGGAUAGAGAAAUGGCUAGAAAGAUACACAAAGAAGCCGAUUUACCAUUUUUUGAGGUGUUUGUCGAUGCACCAUUGAACAUUUGUGAAGAACGUGAUGUUAAAGGUUUAUACAAAAAAGCUAGAGCUGGUCAAAUCAAAGGUAUCUAGCCUAUAUCAUAUUCAUUGUAUAUGAAAACUACCCAUGUUUAAGUAUUAUUUUAGAACGAUUAAAUAUUAAAAUUCUAAACAUAUAAUAAGUUUAUUAUAUUUAACAGAAAUGUGAUAAAACAGAAAAUUGUUUAACAGAACUUGAAUACCGUUACAGUAAAUUUUCGAUAUAACGAAACUCGAUAUAACGAAAAUCUCGAUACAAUAAAUGAAACAGUCGGUCCCUUGAAAAUUUUAUGAUAUAACGAAAAACUAAAUGUAUUUUUGUCCCUUCGAUAUAACAAUGUUAUUAUGACCAAAGCUCUCGCGAUGUAACGAAUUUAUACAAUUUUGGAGCUUGAUAUUACACAUUUUUAAUUUUAGAUUCUAAGUGGAGAUGAAAAACUUAUGGUUUUACAAAGAGGUUUAUUUUUUUUUUCUGUUGAUAACUUUUCUAACAGAGAUUCUACUCCGUUAUAAUUGUUAUAAUUGUAAAAGGAAAUUGGGCUGGGGAGGUAUUUUAGGAGAUAUUUUCUCAGAAGUUUUCUUAUCAAAUGUGAAAAACCCCCCCCCAAAAAAAACGGAAACAUGUACGAAAUGUAGGCAUUAGUUAAAAAAUAUUACGGCCUUCUUUUUUCCUGCUAACAACUUAAUUUUUCUAUUAGCAAUUUUGCUCAGAUUCCACACUACAGUGGCUGUACCGACAUGCGAAGUAUGCCCGUCUUUUUAUUAAUAAAUAUACUCGUAUGUAUAUAAGUCUUAUAUUAUAAGGUACAAAUCUGCUGGUGUAUAAUGUAUAUGUAUUUGUAGUAUGUUCAUUUAAAUUUUAAAUUUUUUUUAAAUUUCGAUGUAAUGAACUUUUGAUAUAAUGAACUUUUUCCUUGAUCUCUUGAUUUCGUGAGUAGACUACUGUAUAUUCAGUAAACAUUAUACUUAGUUUUUGAAUAGUUUUUUGGAAAGCUCCCAACUAUUACUAGAGAUCACCUUUGAAGAUCAUAACCCCCAGGUUGAAAACUACUAAUAUACAACAGAACAAAUAAAAUUGUGUGUUUUCUAAAUAUGAUGUAUUAUCUCUUUUUUAAACAAUGAAUCAGAUUUAAUGAAAUUUCCACUAAACAAAUAUUGACAAUCAUAAGGAAGUGUUUUAGGGUUUAGGCCAUUUAGAAUGAACAUAUGUCAAAAGAGUUAUUUUCCUAUUGAAUAAGCUUAUUAUAUUUGAAUUUGUAUGUAUUGUUUUUGUACAAAUUAUUUCUAAAUCUUAAAUUUCUUGCAAUCAAAAAAAUGAAAACAUAACACAAAGUCUGUACCUAUAUUCUGUAGUUGGGUUUUAUUUAUUUAAAUUGUAUUAUUUUGUAUGAAAAUAAUAGAUAUUAUAAAAAUAAAAAAUAUUUUUUUUUUAGGAUUCACUGGUGUUGAUCAAGUCUAUGAAAAACCAGAUACUCCAGAAUUAGUUCUUAAAACUGUUAAUUUAUCAAUAGAAGAGAGUACUAUGCAAGUUGUACAAAUGCUUGAAGAAAAUGUGAGUAGUUAAUAAUUACUAGUUAUGUAUAAUAUUUUUAUUGUAUUAUUUGUAUUUGUAUGGUGAAUUUGAUUAAUAAUUAGUUUAUAUAGCGGAUAUACUGUUAUAUAGGUACUUAUUUCUAUUUCAUACAACUUUGAAAUGUACUAAUUCAGAAGUUGUAUUAUUAUUUACUUAAUGAUUAGUAAAUAUUUUGUUAGAAAAAUCAACAAAAAAAAAUAUUUUUAUAGUUCUAAUGGAUAAAUCAAACUGAAUUUGACAAAUUAUUUAAUGCUCACAUUAAUUUAAACUACAACAUUAAAUUAAGUAAUAUUGUGCUCAAUUCAUAGAGCUUUGUGUUUAGUCAUUUGUAUAUAAAUGUACCUUAUAAUAAUUUUUUAAUACUCAAAAGGUUUAUCAUUAUGAUUUUAUUUAUUUUUGUUUAAUUUCUUCUUUUUAGGAAAUAAUUCCAUUGCAAAUUAACCGUGAUAUUGACCGUAUACUUGAACUAUUUGUCCCGGAAAAUGCUAUUGAGAAAACAAAAUCUGAAGCGCUAUUACUACCUCGGUUAGACAUUGGAAAGAUUGAUAUGCAAUGGGUGCAAGUACUGGCUGAAGGCUGGGCAGCUCCUCUAAAUGGAUUCAUGAAUGAAGAACAAUAUUUACAAGCAUGUAGUAAUUAUUAUUUUCGGAUUAUAAUUAUACCUUUAUAUUUAAUUUGGUAUUCAUAUUAUUAUUUGCAGACUUUGCACUUCAAUAGUUUGAGUGAGGAUGUUAAUCAAUCUAUACCUAUUGUUUUACCUAUAACCACCGAUAAAAAAGAACAGUUAGUGGGCUGCAAUGAAAUUGCAUUAUGGUACAAUUCAAAACCAGUCGCAAUUAUCCAUAAACCAUCAUUUUAUCCGCACCGUAAAGAAGAACGAGUAUGCCGUCAAUUUGGAACAUCACAUGCCAAUCAUCCUUAUAUUAAAGUACACUUAACAUAUUUUACAUAUAAAGUUAAAAUCAAAUUUAUUAAUGAUUUAUGUUUCAUUUUUGUAGGUUAUUUAUGAAAGUGGUGAUUGGUUGGUCAGUGGUAGCUUAGAUGUUUUAGAACGUAUUUUGUGGAAUGAUGGAUUAGAUGAUAUUCGUUUUACACCAAAUGAACUUCGUGUGAAAUGGAGGGAAAUGAAAGCAGAUGCAAUAUUUGCUUUUCAACUUCGAAAUCCAAUACAUAAUGGACAUGCAUUAUUAAUGCAGGUUUGUGUUUUUGUAAUUUUACAUAAGUUUAUUUUUAUGAUUAAUUAAAAAUUUAAAUGUAUUUAUAGGACACUAAGAAAAAACUCCUGGAGCGAGGGUACAAAAAACCAGUGUUACUAUUACAUCCUCUCGGUGGUUGGACAAAGGAUGAUGAUGUUCCACUAAACAUAAGAAUACUUCAACAUAAAGCCGUGCUUAAGGAUAGAAUUAUAGAUCCAGAAUCAACAGUUUUAGCUAUAUUCCCUGCACCAAUGAUUUAUGCUGGUCCUACUGAGGUGUGGAAAUUGAAUAAUAAUAAUAAUAAUAAAUGUAUUUAUUUUUGAAUGUUUAGAAAGUACAACAAUUAGUCAAAUUUAUUACUGUAACAUAGAUAUUUACUUAUUUUAUCAAGUAUAAUCUACAAUUAAAGAAUUAAAGUGAUUUGAGUACGUGAUUUGUUUUAGGUUCAAUGGCACGCCAAAGCUCGAAUGUCUGCUGGGGCAAACUUUUAUAUCGUGGGCAGAGAUCCAGCAGGAAUUCCUCAUCCAGAUGGCAAUCCACCACGUGAUUUAUUCGAUCCUAGUCAUGGUGCUCGCGUAUUGACAAUGGCACCAGGACUGUCAGAUUUGGAGAUAAUCCCUUUCCGUGUAGCAGCGUAUGAUGAUACAAAACAAUCAAUGGAAUUCUAUGAUUCCGCUCGCCAUAACAAUUUUAAAUUUAUCUCUGGCACAAAAAUGAGAGGUAAAUUAACUAUUAACUAUGUGAUUAUUGCAACAUUUUUAAAAUGUCAACAAUUUUUGACAUAUAUUAUAGGUCUUGCUAAAGAUGGAAUUGAACCACCUGCUGGAUUUAUGGCACCUUCAGCCUGGGAAGUAUUGGCCAGUUACUAUAAGUCAUUGAACAAAAACUUUAAAUGAGUUUUAAUGGUUUUAAUUUGUCCCAAAAAGAAUGUGGACAUUCCUAUUAUUUAACCACUUAUAAUUUCUAUAUUACUUUUUUGUAAUGUUUUGUGUGUA